GGGAGAUCAUUCUUUCUCCCACCUGGUAGUUGUUAGUGCAAGAUUCGAGGAAUUCAUCAUUUGGUAGUUGUACUGACGAGAGGAGGAGGAGCAGCGGAAGGAGAGGGUUGGGAAACGUGGAAACGAGAAAGAAAGGACAACUGCUACCAGAAAGUUGAAGGUUUCACUCCAUGAGGAAAAGUGCAUUUAAGUAUAACAUUUUUGUUUGAGCAUCUGCUAAAGAUGUCCUUAAUGAAAAUUCCUGUCGUUGAUGUUCACAUUGACAAUUUUAAAGAGAUAUGGCCGUCUAUGCUGCUUGCAGUAAGGACAGCGAGUUUCAUAGCCCUUGAUACUGAACUUAGUGGACUUGGGGCACGAAAAGCUUUACUGGCACAAUCAGUUGAAGAUCGAUAUAAAGCAAUAUGUCAGGCUGCCAGAACUCGUUCCAUUCUGUCUCUUGGGGUUGCAAGUUUCAAAGAGCUUUUAGACAAACCAGGUAGUACGUAUUUGAGCCAGGUGUACAACCUCACGCUGCUGUGCAUGGAUGAAUAUAUAAUUGAGCCACAAUCUGUUCAGUUCCUGGUCCAGCAUGGCUUUGACUUCAAUAAACAGUAUGCUAAAGGGAUUCCAUACCAGAGGGGGAAUGACAAGCUUUAUGAAUGUCGUGGUCAGAAUAUUAGAGCUCUCUUUCUAGAAAUCAUUCGGUCAAAGAAGCCUUUAGUUCUUCAUAAUGGACUAAUUGAUUUGGCAUUCCUGUACCAGUGUUUUUAUGCUCACCUACCAGACCAACUUAUGACCUUCACAGCUGACCUAUCUGAGAUGUUUCCAGCUGGGAUUUAUGAUACCAAGUAUGUCUCAGAAUUUGAGACUCGCUUUAUGUCGUCCUACUUGGAAUAUGCCUACAAAAAGUGCAGAAGAGAGAAUACCAAAUUAACUGAUGCGAAUAACAGCCAUCUCUCCAUUGAGUUCUGCAAUUACCGACAGGGAUUUGUGGAUUAUAUUGAUUAUCGCUACUGCAACCUCCCUGAGGCGGACAAGGAUGUAACAGAACAGAAAAAAGUCGAAAUAUGUGAACAAUUUUCUGCUUAUGGAUGGUGUCGUAAUGGAAUGAAAUGCACACAGUCACACAAUAUUGACCUCAUCAUUGACGAAGAUGAACAGAUCAAGGAUGUUAAGAGAAAGAGGAGAAAGGCCAGAAGACGACGGAAGCAGCAGGCAGUGGAUUUGAGUGAUAGUGCUGUGGAACCAGAGUCAAUAGAUAAUGUGACUCCUAACGAUGGCCCUCCACAAAAGUUGCUGUGUGGCAGUAGCGAUGAGCAACCAGAAAAAAUGGACACUAGAGAGGUUCAGGGAAAGCUUUUAAGUGAUAUACAAGCUUCCAAUGGCACCAUUCAUGAAAAGAACACUGAAGAUGAUCACUGUUCAGGAACAGAUAUGCAGGACUUAAGCAACAGUAAAAAGGAAAAUAAUCCUGGGAAUCAAAUGUGUUCAGCAAAUGAAACUGUGGAAAGGAACAAAAUGGAAAAAUGUGAUGGAGGUACGCACCGUGCUGGAUUUGAUGCAUUCAUGACUGGAUUUAUAAUGGCUUAUAUUAUGAUGUGGAAAAAUAACGAUAAUAGCACAGCCACAGAUCCUUGGCUCCCAGACUGCCGUAAUAAACUUUAUCUGAGUGGGAAAUCCAUACCCUUACAGAUUUCUAAAAGUUCUUUUUCAAAAUCUUCAAAAGCUCACAAGGCUAAGAUUGAAUUGGUGUGGGGCAAACACUGAGAUCUGGGCCACAAAGUUUAUGGCAAAUAGUUUUAGAAAUAAAUGAUUUCCAAAACACUCGUUUCCUUUUAUGGUCUUGUUUAAAGUAAAUGAUAAAUUUCUUAAAAAAAAAAGAUAGUUAACUUCAAAAUAUCUGGUCUAAGCAAAUAUCACAAUUAUUUUACUUUUAUUUGGAAAGUGAUGAAUAGUACAGCCUCAAAUUGAAAUCUGAUAAAGCAUAAGUAUCGAUAGACUGCCUUUUUCUUUGAGGUACUCUGGAUAUUAAUUUAAAGAUUUAAUCUUCCAGUUAUUUAUAUUGCACACAGGACAUUGCUUGCUGUUUGAGUAGCUUUUUUAAUUACUUUAUCCACCUUGAAAGCAUUUGGGAGCAAAACACAAUGGAGAAACUCAGCAGGUCAAGCAGCGUCUAUGCAGAGGAAUAGAGUUGUGUUUGACCAAGAGUUCCUCAGUAUUUUGUGUGUAUCGCUCUGGAUUUCCAGUAUUGUGUUUUUGAAGUCAUUUGAUCAUAAAGCACUUUAAAAAUC